AUGAAUGUUCCUCUCUACGUUGUCCUCUUCGCUCAGCUGAUUCGUGCCGCUGCUGUCACUGGAUCUAACCGCGUUUCCCCGGAGCAGCAACUGCUGGAGGCUGGCAUAUCAGGACGCAGGACGGGGAGACUGUACUGUAGGGUCGGCAUCGGUUUCCACCUUCAGAUUCAUCCCGAUGGCAGAGUAAACGGGAGCCACGAACCCAAUCAGUUGAGUGUGCUGGAGAUCUUUGCCAUCUCUCAAGGUGUGGUCGGCAUCCGAGGCGUUUUCAGCAACCGAUUUCUGGCCAUGAACAAGCGAGGACGUCUACAUGCCACUGAGACAUUCACCGAUGACUGCAAAUUCCGGGAGCGUUUCCAGGAGAACAGCUACAACACGUACGCGUCGGUGGUCCACGGCGGGCGGCGCUCGGGGCGGCCGUGGUACGUGGCGCUCAACAAGCGCGGCAAGGCCAAGAUGGGCUCCAGCCCGCGGGUCAAGGCGCAGCACGUGUCCACGCACUUCCUGCCGCGCUUCGCGCUCCACGAGAAGGCCGAGCACGGCUUCACCAUCGCCGAGCGGGGGCAGGAGAAGAGCAAACCUCCGCCGGCGCCUCCUCCUCCACCGCAUCGGGGCUCCCCCAAAGCCCCCGCACCAAAGACACCCAUCAGCACGGGGCCGAGGCCCAGUCAGCCUGUGAAGUACUGGCCCAAGUUCCGCUUCGGAUGA